CGUAUUGCGCACUGGAAGCCAUGUUAAAGUUGGCAUACGGAGGACUCCGGCUGUGAUUUUUUUGUUUUUAAUUUUCUUUUUGUUUUCCCCCCUUCUCCUCCCAUUUUCUCCCGAUGUGGCAAGCCGAUCCCCCGUCCAUUCCUCGUCUCUGAAACCCCGAUCGCUUUGCAGAUCCCGAAAGCCGAGGGGCUCUAUAAACGCGAUGGAUUCCAGCUUCGACCUGUCCAGGAGGAAUCCGCAAGAGGAUUUCGAGUUGAUCCAGAGGAUCGGGAGCGGGACCUACGGCGAUGUCUACAAGGCCCGCAACGUGUCCACUGGGGAGCUGGCUGCCAUUAAGGUCAUCAAGCUGGAACCCGGGGAGGACUUCGCGGUGGUGCAGCAGGAGAUCAUCAUGAUGAAGGACUGCAAGCACUCCAACAUCGUGGCCUACUUCGGCAGCUAUCUCAGGAGAGAUAAAUUAUGGAUAUGCAUGGAAUACUGCGGUGGAGGAUCGCUACAGGAUAUAUAUCACGUGACAGGGCCCCUCUCCGAGUCCCAGAUCGCCUACGUAUCGCGGGAAACACUCCAGGGGCUGUAUUACCUUCACCAUAAAGGAAAGAUGCACAGGGAUAUUAAGGGAGCGAAUAUCCUGCUAACGGAUAACGGCUAUGUGAAGCUGGCCGACUUUGGCGUCUCCGCGCAAAUCACAGCCACACUGGCCAAAAGGAAGUCUUUCAUCGGGACUCCAUACUGGAUGGCCCCCGAAGUGGCCGCUGUGGAGCGCAAAGGGGGCUACAACCACCUGUGUGACAUCUGGGCAGUGGGCAUCACAGGCAUCGAGCUGGCAGAGCUGCAGCCGCCCAUGUUUGACCUGCAUCCCAUGAGGGCCCUGUUCUUGAUGACCAAAAGUAAUUUCCAGCCACCAAAAUUGAAAGAUAAAGUAAAGUGGACCAACAAUUUCCACCACUUCAUCAAGAUGGCGCUGACGAAGAACCCGAAGAAGCGGCCGACGGCUGAGAAGCUGCUGCAGCACCCUUUUGUCACUCAGCCCCUGAGUCGGACACUAGCCAUCGAGCUGCUGGACAAGGCCAGCAACCCUGACAGCAGCUUGUACCCUGACUUUGAUGACGACGACCCCGAGCCUGAGCCCCUGGAGCCUGUGCCGCCUCGGAUCCGCUCCACCAGCCGCAGCUCCCGGGAAGGCAAGACGCUCUCCGAGAUCAACUUUGGCAAAGUGAAGUUCGAUCCUCCUCUGCGGAAAGAGACCGAGCCUCAUCACGAGCCGGAUCUUCAGCUGGAAUUCCCACAUGGAUCACCGGAAAACUCGUUUUUGGGAGGGAAUAAGAGCCUUCUGAAGUCCGUGGAGGAGGAGCUACACCAGAGGGGACAUGUGGCUCAUUUAGAGGAUGAUGAUGAUGGUGAUGAUGAUGAAACUCAACACUCCUCUACGUCCACUAUGAGGCCCAAAGUGCCACCACCGCUGCCCCCUAAGCCGAAAUCCAUCAGUGGCUUCCAGGAGGGCUCAUCGCUGGACGAGAACAAUGGACAGGGGACCAUUAAGCGCUGUCCAGCAACUGAGAGCCCAGCACGGCCCACCUCUGUGCCCCCCCGGCCCCCACCCCCGCGACUCCCCCCACAGAAGCGCAGCAGCCUAGGAAACGAGGUGAGCCCAGCUCAAGUGAAUGGGGAGAAGGAGAGCGCCACAGGAGAGAAACAGUCGACAAUGCCCCCUACUGUCCCCAUCCGGAAGGACAAGAAGGACAUUCCGAAACCAAUAAGCAAUGGUCUCCCUCCUACUCCGAAAGUCCAUAUGGGCGCAUGCUUCUCCAAGGUCUUCAACGGCUGUCCGCUAAAAAUCCAUUCUGCCACCUCGUGGAUCAACCCCGACACCAGAGACCAGUACUUGAUAUUUGGUGCGGAGGAGGGCAUUUACACGCUAAAUCUCAAUGAGCUGCAUGAGACGACCAUGGAGCAGCUCUUUCCUAGGAGGUGCACCUGGCUUUAUGUGAUGAAUAACUGUCUGGUCUCCAUAUCCGGAAAAGCCUCCCAGCUGCACUCUCACAACCUGAUGGGCCUCUUUGAAUACUCACGACACAUGCAGAAGCUCCCUGUCGCCAUUCCUGCUCACAAGCUUCCCGACAAAAUCAUUCCCAGGAAGUUUGCAGUGUCCAAUAAGAUUCCAGACACAAAGGGGUGCCAGAAGUGCUGUGUAGUGAGGAACCCCUACACGGGUUAUACCUACCUGUCUGGGGCUUUCCAGUCCAGCGUGAUGCUCCUGGAGUGGGUGGAACCCAUGCAGAAGUUCAUGUUCCUCAAAAACAUCGACUUCCCGCUGCCAUGUCCACUGGAGGUGUUCGAGAUGCUUGUUGUGCCCGAGCAGCAAUAUCCCCUCAUCUGCAUGGCCGUCAGCAAGGGCACCGAGCAGAACCAGGUGGUGCGCUUCGAGACCGUCAACCCCAGCUCCACCUCCUCCUGGUUCAUUGAGUCAGAUAUGCCGCAGACGUGCGUGAUCCACGUGACUCAGCUGGAGAGGGACACCAUCCUGGUGUGCCUUGAUCGGUGUAUUAAAAUUGUGAAUUUGCAAGGGAGGUUAAAAUCCAGCAAAAAGCUGUCCGCUGAGCUGACCUUUAACUUCCAAAUUGAGGCGAUAGUGUGCCUCCAGGACAGCGUGCUGGCUUUUUGGAAGCACGGAAUGCAGGGACGGAGCUUCAAGUCCAACGAAAUUACGCAAGAGAUUUCUGAUAAUACAAGGAUCUUUCGGCUCCUGGGGUCGGACAGGGUGGUGGUUUUGGAGAGCAGACCCACAGAUAACCCUACAGCACACAGCAACUUGUACAUCUUAGCAGGCCAUGAGAACAGUUACUAAGCAAGGUGCAUCAUGGGAUUGCAGACGAUCAAGAAAGGAAAUGUGCUCUGUGGGUCUGCCACUUCCUUUGAGACCAUUCAGAGCAUCGUGGGGUCAGAUGGGACUGAUUUAUACCGUCUUUAAUUUAUUGUGGCAUGUUACAAAGGCACAAAUUACAUUGUUCUUUUAAUUUAUAAUGUCUUUUAUAAAGUGUUGCCACCCAUGAUACCAUUUUAUGCUACCACACAAGUGCUUAUUAGACUUAUAUUUAAUUGUUGUAAAUAAAAAUGUAGUAUUUUUGAAGCGAGGGACUUCAACAGAUGUGAGGUUGUGCACUAAGGUCCAGUUAUGUAGGUAUCAGUGAAAAUGCAUUGUACAGGUGUUCACACUGCUAAAACUGGGUACUUUAAGGGCUUGUCCUGCUGGGACACUUUGGAGUAGCAUUGCAGAGCCAUUUGGAGACUCGGAAGUAGGGAAGUGUCCAUCUUGACAACACUAAUAUAUUUUAUAUUUCUUGGGUUGGUCUUCUGAAUCCAUAUGCUUUUAAACUUUUUUUUUAAUUGUAAACAAUUUACAGUCCUGUUUUUUAAUGCUGCGGUAUAAAACUGAACGUAAAUUUGCACAGAGAGUGUUCAGAAAUGGUGAUAUUGAUGUAUAUAUAUAUAUAUGUGUGUAACAUAUACAUGCACAUAUUGAUACGUAUGUGUACAUCUGAUAUGUAUAAUAUACAAAUAUACACUGCAAUAUCUGUAUACAAGCUAUACCUACACAGAAGCUGUGGUCCUGGCCUCCUCUUUCACUCUAGUUUACAAAAACAGCAGCCUUGUUGUUACUUAGAUACCUGAAAGACUGAUAUAAAAACAAUACUAUUCAGGCUUAGGCGAAAUCGUAGAGACUUUGUUCAGUUGUACUCUUAAGUCUUAAUCAUCGUUGCACUUUUCCCAAAGCAUUGUCCUUCAUGUUGGUGUUCUUAAACUGUCUGAAUCAAGAGUAACAUUCCAUCUUCCAAUUUAGCUCUGAGCUGAAGCCGUUCUGAUCAGCUUCAGCUUCAUCGUCGUUGUCGUUGUCGUCAUUUCUCACGUUCGAUGGUUUGCCAAAACGUACAUUUCACAUUUCAGCGAUGAAGUGCUGGGUGAGUCUACCUCACGCAGAGCUGUCAGAGACUGACAAGGCACCCCAGGGUCUUUCUGGUGGUGAAAGAAACUUAAGUGCUACCAAGCAGAAUACUGUAUAUGGAAGGUAUAUUGUGGGACUUCUCCUCUCAUCAGUUCAUUCUGUUGGUUGCAAAAAAAAAAAGCUUGUUUUCCUGUUCUGCCGCAGUAACAUUUUCCUAUUUCAAAGCAUUAUGUAUAUAAUGUAAAAUAAAAUUGUUCAGUUUUAA